AUGAAGAGGAGUGGGUCUAGGAAGAACGAUGAAUCCGACGAUCGAGGGGCUCCGUGGGACGAUAAUAUCCCUACGCACGCCGGCCCCGAUGGGGAUCCGAGGUCGACCAUGUCGGCAAAGGAGAGGGCUGCGCACGAUCGAGGCACCCGUCGGGCGAGGAUCACGCUGGUGGCGUUGGUCGUGUUCUGCUGCAUCCUCAAGCUGACCAGGCCGCUGUACGGUCCUUAUAUCGAUCGUUUCGGGGUAAACAACGAUCAGAGCAUGAUGGAGAGGUUCGGGUCUCACCUGGAGGAGCGGGCGAGGCGGAACAACCUUGACCUGAACCCUCGCCCCUGGGGGCACAAGCCGGACAAGGACGAAGACGAGGCAAAAAAGAGGAGGCGGUUUGAGGGAAACAGAGGGACGCAGACGUAG